AUGUCAUCCAUCGUUCCUUGGGGCAAGGCUUAUUAUUACCCCGCGUGUCACAUUCUCAUUUCGCCAAGAAGAAUGUGUCUUGUGGAUAAAGUGCAAUGCAAAUGGUAUCGCAAGAUGAUGGCAGUAGUAAAGCCAGAAAACUCAAUAAGAAAUAUCGUUGUGACUUUUGCAUACUCAAAGUUCUUCAUAAGAUUGAUGGCAAAGUGCCCAAAAGCCAACAUCUUAGGAAUGCCGUUAGAUGAAGAGCCAUUAACCAACGUGCCGCUAAAUUCCAGUAUGAAGACUGCCGCGAAAUAUGUCGGCACUGAUGCGCAUAAACUAACUACCUUGGCACUUGUGGGAGGCUUUAAGAUAUUAAGAAGUCUGAGCAGCCCAAACAUCGUAGCUGGCGUCUAUAGCUUCGUUCUAUUCCCAAAAGGCACCAAGACUCAGGUACAAUACAGUAUCCAGCGGCACCUCGUAACCACAGUGAGCUACUCAGGAAUAUCCUUUCUACUAUCGGCAGAAGAUGCCAUCGUGGUUUAUAGAGAAACAGAGCAUUGCGAGGAGACAAAAGCAGGGACACAAUGCUGA